AUGACGACAGUAACAAGUAUGAGUCGGGAUCCUUGGUUCUUGUCUUCUUCCUUGUCAAAGUCUGAUCGUGCGGCUGCGUUAAAGAUUAGAUUUGCAGACAUAAUUGUGAAGUUGAGUAGCAACAAGUCCGAGGCUUUGAUGAAGAUCACAAGGGAGAAGGAGUUUCUAGAAAGGAACCAACUUGAAGAGAAAGCAAUGAUGGAAGAAAGAAUGAAAAUCAGACAAGAGGAAAGGCUUGCGGUCAUAAAGGUGGAAGAAGAAGCAAGAUCAAAGCGUAAGUUCGAACAAGAUUCCUCGAUUACCGAGAAAGAACUGAUAAAUCUCAUUGGCGGCUCCCGCAAGGCAAGAGAUCGAUCUUUGCUUAAACAGUUUGGGUUGGUUUUAAAAGCUAAUAUCGAUGAUGAUCUUCUUAGUGAUCUUGAAGAAGGUGGAAUCUUUUAG